CGAUGGCACCAGCCGAAGCACUUCCGCCUCGUUACCUGAUUCUUGCCAGGGCAAGGGAGGACACGUGAUCUUCGGCUAGUAGAUCUGUCUCGGGAGUUUAGGGUCUCUCUUAGCGCAUUUAUUGCCAAGGUCUUGGAUCAACCUGUUACCACGCUCCUGCUUACCACCACAUCUGGAUCUACAUAAGUGGGCUAACCAAUCCGUCGUGGGUAGAGGUGAGUGCUACAGACAGACUUUAUUUAUAUUAUCUAAAAAUGUGCGUUUAUCUUACGUUUCAAUCCCUCCACACCAGCAUCCGAACUAAAAGACAACGGUAUGUACCCUGUCUCCUUCCUCUCUUUGCCGAUCGUAGUGUUUCAACAGCUCAAUCCUUUAAAAUGUUUACACAGAAGUGCCGUUGCAUUCAGGUAGGGCUCAAAACACCGCGACAGCCUGAUGCUUUCAUGAAGAAUUAGACACAGGGCGCUAAGAAGGCAUGUUUUCAUCCUUAUAUUGUGUAGGGGAUAUUUGUGGAUGUGGACAUAAGAGAACUUCUGUACACUGGGGAAUUUCCUUCUAAUGCCACCUCCUUGGCUUUAUUUUGUCUACUCUUGUACAGUAUGCAUAUUAUUGCCUAGCUAAGCAUAGGCUUCACUUCUCGAAGGCUUGUUCUAUUUUUCAGGCUGCGUCCCCCCCCCCCCCUUCUCCCCUCACUAAAUCCAUUUCCUGGCUUUGCUAUUACAAUCCUUUUGAUAGGAAGUACAAUCUCAGCGCUGUCUCCAAAGCAAACUGAACUGAUUUCAAUGGGCACGGAUUGAAUCUUCAAUUAAACCCAAGUUCCUACCUUCCAUGUGAUAAUUCUAAGAGUUUUAGCAACUUAGUUACCUAGGAAGUGAAUCCCAUUGGUUUCAGGUAGGAUUACCUUAAAAGUAAAUUCACUGAUGACCGCAGCCGAAGACAGUUGGGAACAAAGCUCGUGGACAAAGAUUCGUACAGUAUUAACACGGUAGUCAGCAGCCUGAUGCAAUGCAUGAUUACUUAGAAGCAAACCCCACUACGUUCAGUGGCGCUUACUCUUCAGUAAAUUGGCAUAGGAUUGUAGCCUGAAUCGCGCGAAAUUAGACCCCCCUUUAUUCCCUAUUAUGUCUGCCUAAGGCAGUUGCACUAACAAAAGGGAAGGAUGGAACAAUAAGGUCCUCCUACUUUCUCUUGCUCGUGGUGGCCAUUAGCUCGAGUGAGAGAGAUCGCAAUCUACAACUUUUUAUUCCAGGUCAAAUUGGUCUUGCUGUAGUCAACGGAGCUACUACGGAGCAAGCCCACCCCCCGAUUGCGAUCUCUAACAGUGAGCAACUUUGACAUCCAUAGUUUACAACGCAGUGAGUUAAUAUAAGAAGUGUCCUGGAGCAAACAGAUGAGCAGGCCAUGGAUAACCUUUCCCCCGCUGAUAGGGUCUUGGCUCCUUAUCAGGGGUUGAGAGGAGAGGAAAAAACUGCAGGAUGAGUCCCUCAGAAUGCACGCGGGUGGCAGAUACUAAAGCAGGAAACUGAUUAAGCCUGUACACUUUGUGGGAAGCAGAUCACCCAUUAAUUGGCAGGGUUUGCAUCCAAGCAAGACUGGAACCUAUGUGUCUUGCAUUGAGCCCAUGGCAACCUGUCUGAGGAACAGCCUGGCAAGGCCAUCGGGUGCAGGCUGGCUCAAAAUCCCACUGGGCUCCGUGGGCUUUACUCCCUCGCAGUCCCGUCUCUUUCCGUCUGGGAGCAAUAAGAGACAGGGGCGAGGCGUGGGGAUCCGCUUCCCCCCUUCCUCCUUCGCAGGCUUGAGAGGUAUCGAUGCGCUCGGGCUACUGCGAGGAGGCCGCUCCGCUGCGCGAGCGACUCCCCGGGCUUUCGCGGCGCGGCCAUUUCGCGCCUGCUUCCCGGAUCCGCGCGGCACCAUAGAGACCGGCGGGAGGAGAAGCCGGCGCCGGAAGUGGAGGAGCUGCUCCGCCCGGGAUCCUUCUUAUUAUAUCUCGGUCUCUUUUCCUCCCACACCCACAAGCAGGAAGUGGUUGCCGUAGCAGCGGCGCAGCAGGAAGAGCUUGGCGGAGAGAAGGUAAACAGAGCAGCCCCGCCCUGGGGAGGAAAGGCCGAGAAAGGCGGCCGGUGGUGGGGGAGACACAAAAACACACGCGGGAGGGUUGGCGGGGCGCGACUUCGUGCCCUUUUUAAUACUCCGGUGUUUGGCCCGGUUGUGUGUUGGUGAGGCCAGACUGGGAAGAGAUUCCCCUCGGCAAGGCCUGCGACGAGUGAAGUAAUGUUUAUAAGCAAAAGAUGACCACGCCCUGUAGAGAAGCACUACUUCGCUUUUCUCAAUCUGCUAAGUUUUGACAGGGAUUUGAGGGAGGUAUGUUCAAUCCUACAUGCCGUAUACUCGGAAGUAAGUCACAUUGAGUUCACUGGGGCCUGCUGCCCAGUAGGGAGGUAAAGGAUUGCUGCCCUGGGGUAGAAAAGUAUUGAUUCAGUGCAAACAUUUGUACGGGGGUGAGGUGGGGAUAAGCGAUGGGGGAAAUCUGCUUGGUCACUAUAGUGCUCUGGUGUGAAGCUGGGGCGGAUGAUGGCCAUCCUUGACUCCUCCGAAACAUUGCAUGGAAAGUGUGUGUGUGGUAAACAGGAGAUUUCGGGGAAAACAUCUCCGAUGAUACAUAUUCCUCCUCCAUUAAUGAUCUACCCUAUUAACCUGGUGGACGCUCUUUCCUGUUCAUGGCUUAAAUAGUUCUGUGAAGUGCUUGAUUUAGGUCAGAGGCUCCAAAUUAAGUAUCCCAAUGGAUUCUUUAUAUUGCAUUGUGAAGGGGUAGACAUCUAACAGCUUAAAAGAUCCUUGAGGGGUAUAUGUGCUAUCAGGAACACCUCUUCAACCCCAAUUUACUUCCCUUCUCCCACUAGUCCCAGACUGAGAAGAAGCAUGCAGUAAUCCCCUUUUGUUUAGCCCAGAGGUUUUCAAGCUUUUUGAGUCUAUGGCUCCCUUAACCAACUACAUUCUUUCUGUGGCACCCCUGUGGGGCUCAGGAGCCCAGUUAAGUCACCCCUUGCCUGCAGAGCUGGCAGUGCCUCACCCUUUUCAAACAUUCUCCUUUGUGGAGUGUUCCUUCAGCCUCCUCUCCUCUCCCAUCUCCUUGGGAGUUCUCUGGGCAGCUGCUAAAGUCAUCCCUGGUCUAUGAGUUGCCCACCUUCCUUAAAGAUAGCCAGGGCAACUGCAAUAAACAGCUGUGAAAGCCUUUGGGAGGCAGAGAUGUGAGGGCAUCAGAGGAGGGAGGGGAGGGAAGAGGGACAGAGGCCAGUGUUGCCCCCAGCACCCCUGACCAUCAUUCAAAGCACCCCAGGGUGCCACAGCACACUGGUUGAAAACCACUGGUUUAGCCUAACGGUCAUCCAGCAAACUGAGGACUUGCAAGAUUCUCCGCAUAGCUGUCAACUUUUAGAUUUGAAAAUAAGGGAUCAGCAGCCUCACCUGUCCCAGGGACAGUCUACAGGAUAUCUAACAAUCUGGGGAAGCAGCAGGAAAUGGCGCUGGAAUAAGGGAAUUUCCCGCAAAAAAAGGGAAGGUUGACAGCUAUGAUUCUCCGGCAUGAAACAGAGGUCAGUGUAGUGGCUUAGGCAUUGUUAGGCUAUUAUUUGGGUGUUUUUAUGACUAUUGGUUAAUAGCUCAGUUAACCAGUCCUGACCUUAUAAGUAUGACUUCUUGUCUAAACAUCCACAUAUGCAUUAAGCUGUAAUGGUGGACUGAAAUAACCAAUUUGAGAAGGACAAUAUUUAUUUUUAAGAACUGUUUUAAUAAAAUAGAUGUUAGAUGCAAAAUGGUGUUAGAGUAGAACCUGGGCUGUGGUUUUAAACCUUUGUGCUGUUAUGGUAGAAAACUACAUGCACAAUUGGGGGUGUCUUUUAUAUUUUUUGCUGGAGCCUCUUGCAUGACGGAUCAGACAAGGUGCUUUACAGUUUAAAAUCAGUUUGCUUCUUGAACUGUGCAAGUGCCUACAAUAGAACUUUCAAAGAUAAUUCCAGCUGUAUGUGUUCUCACUAUGCAUGUAUAUAGCUUCACAUGCACAUUGGAUCACAGCCCUUGUUUAUGCCAUUUACAAAUGGGGAAAGAUUCAGUAAUGUUAUUUGUAAAGGAAGCCUGCACUGAGGGUUUUGCUCUAAAGAAGCUUGCUAAGAAAUAUCAGAUGAACAUCAGCAUUUAUGUUGUGCAGUAUAAGUUUAGUGGUUGUGCAGCAUCUCAGUCAAUAGACUCAAGCAGAAGUUUCUUAAUGCUCUAAAGUGAUACUCAUUAAUCAAGAGAGCACAAGCAACUUCUAAUUCUAUAGAAGUGCUUUCUGUAAAUAUAGUUUGUCUGGGGCAACUGUUGUAAAGGUAUCCCAUUCUUAUGUUCUUGAAAAACACAGUGGGGGUGAAAUUACAGUAAUUAGAUUGUUCAAAGUGUUGCUUUAACUAUCCUAAUCACAAUCUACUUGCUUUUAAUAUUUAAUUGUACUAUGAGUCCAUUCUGCUAGGAAAUAUUGGUUUUCCCCCCCAAAAGCAGCUGCUGCAGACUUUCUUCUGCUUUAAUGUAGGCUAAGCUUGUGAAAGGGUUGGAUGCUUUUUUACAUACAUGUAAGCAUCACAGUUGAACAAAUCUACUAAUGCAGGAGUGGGCUUACAACAAAAACCAAACAGAUAUCUGAUAUGAACAGUCAAGUUUAACUAGUUCUAGCAAAUAUUUCUGACACUAAAGCAAAGGCAUCUUAUGGACUAGCGUGAACUCACAGGUACAAAAGACAAGUUAAUAAUGGCCCCAUUGAUAGAAAUUCUGAGUAGCAAAUCUAGUUGAUGCAGUUGUAUAAGUGCUCUGUACUUCUUGCCUCUUAAAAUAUUCUUGAAGCUCUGGAUAUUGUUUAUUCCAGAACAAUGCCUAGCUUAUGAAAACUGGAAAAGAUAACAUAAAAGAGAUUUAUCCUUCUGCAAAAGUGUAUCGUGAUGAAUGAAUGAUUGCUAUGUAGUAUAUCUCUGCUGCACUAGUCAUAUUAAACUGGGUGUGAAAGGGUUAAGCAUUUCCGUGCUGCUACCUUAGCUAAUACUGACUUAAAAAAAUACAGUAGAUGUUUCAUAUAGUGCAGUCCUUUCUCAGAAGUAAGUGCUCUGGAGAUCAGGCAGGCACCAACUAUUAGAUGCUUCCCCCAGCCACUAAAAACAUUCCUUUUACCCAAGCUCUUUUUGACUGUUAAUACUAACUCCUGGCAUAUUUGGCCACUGUAACUGUAAUUGAUGUUUUACUGAUACAGCUUUUAUUGUUACAUUUUGUUAGAUGUUGCUGUUUUUAUUGCCCUGUACACCACUUUAUUGUGUUUGGAAAUGCAAGACAAUACUGUAUACAAAUAAUUUUAAUACAGUACUGGUAAAUAAAUUGUAAGGGAGAUGUGCGCUGUAGUAAUGUGUCUAGGAUUGUACCCUUAAGUCUUUCCUGCAAUGAAGAAUUAUUUCUAAGUAAUUAGAUACUUUAUCAUUAUUAUUUUUUUGCUGAAGAUUGGUAUUUAUGUGUAUAAUCUCCGGUUUCUUCCCUUCCCUUCACUAUUUCAGGCUUGCUGUAGUUCUAAACCUGCAGGAGACACUCAGAAAUGACUCACUGGUUUCAUCGAAACCCUUUAAAGGCUACAGCUCCUGUCUCAUUCAAUUACUAUGGGGUAGCCACCACUCCAGCUGCAACAAAGAUUUGCAAGUAAGUGGUUCUAAAAACUCAGUGGGGCUUCUCAACAUACAACAUGCAUUUGCAAGUACUGAAAUAAGAGACAAUCCAAUACUGAAUCUCUCCAAAGUAUCUGUCUUUGAACUGUGUUUUUGGUGUGUUUCUUAAUACAGUGAUCUAAGAUUAUCACGAAGCCGACUCUUGGAGCUUUUUACAGAUCUUAGUUGUAAUCCAGAUAUGAUGAAAAACGCAACUGAUUCCUAUUUUUCACUCUUGAAAGGUAAGAUAUCAGUGCAGCUGGCAUAGUUGUUCUGGGUUACUAGUAGUUUCAGUAAAUAAAUCUCUGUGCUUGGCACUAGAGAGCACAAAUUCUCAGCUGUGCUAAUAAAAGAUAGAAAUGGGACACUAGCCCAAUGGGCAUGAUAUGUGUAUCAGUGGCCCAGAGAUUCAUAUGUCUAGUGGAUGUACUUGACAUAUUUGAAACCAGUAGGAAAAUGCUGUACUUCUAUAGCUUUCUUAAUUCUGCUUUUCCAACUAAUAAUGAAACAAUUUUAUUUAAUAUAUUUAUUAGCCGGUUUAUGCAAUGAGCCUGUAGAAGAUGUACAGUACAAUAUGAAGCAUUAAAACUGGCCCCCAAUUAGCCCAGUGGAGUAGAUCUUGGGGGCUAUUAAAUAGUGAAAGUGCACAUAUAAACAAAUUACGUAUAUAAGGCUGAGUAGUAGACUCAGGAACAAUUGCUGAAGAUAAAAAUCAUCAUUUUGAAAGUUACUUUGAAUUUUAGAGGAGUUUGUUUGUUUUAACAGGCUUUAUAGUUUCAUUGGAUGACUCUUCACAGGACAGCAAGCUGAGAUAUAUUCAGAAUUUUAAGUGGACAGACACCUUGCAAGGUCAAGUACCAAGGUACUUACUUACAUGUAGUAUGGUUUUCAGUGUCUAUUGUAACUAUUUUUAUUACUUCUGUUUAUGCUGUGCCCCUUUUUUCAAGGCCCAGUGGUAAAAAUAUCAUUUAAAACAUUGUAUAAAUGAUUAAAAACAAUUGCAUCCUAUCAGCUGAUUGGCUUCCACUUAUCCUUUGUUCCAAGAGAAAAAACCUGUGAGCCUGGGUUCUCAAGUAGUCCAUAUUUUGGUAACUGAGAGGCUGGAUUGUACAGUUGUUCUGCACUGCUUUUCCACCUGGAGAGCUGGACCAUGAAGAAGGCUGAUUGCCGAAGAAUUGAUGCUUUUGAAUUAUGGUGCUGGGGGAGACUCUUGAGAGUCCCAUGGACUGCAAGAAGAUCAAACACAUCCAUUCUUAAGGAAAUCAGCCUUGAGUGCUCACUGGAAGGACAGAUCCUGAAGCUGAGGCUCCAGUACUUUGGCCACCUCAUGAGAAGAGAAGACUCCCUGGAAAAGACCCUGAUGUUGGGAAAGAUGGAGGGCACAAGGAGAAGGGGACGACAGCGGACGAGAUGGUUGGACAGUGUUCUCGAAGCUACCAGCAUGAGUUUGACCAAACUGCGGGAGGCAGUGGAAGACAGGAGUGCCUGGCGUGCUCUGGUCCAUGGGGUCACGAAGAGUCAGACAUGACUAAACGACUAAACAACAACAACACUGCUUAGAUUUUCUUUAUGAAUUAGUGGUAUAUAAAUAUUUUUAUAAAUGAAUACUAAUGACAAGCCACACAGUGACUUGCUUCCUCUCUGGCUUGGCAGGAAUGAGGGGCAAGCAAAGCGCUUGUGUUUUCAGCAGAAUGCUAGAGCACAUUGCUCAUUCACAUUAAACCAGGCCACUAUGAUUAGGCAAGAUGUUGGUGCCUGGAAACAAAUCUAUAUUUAUUUUUUCUCCUAUGAUUUGGUCUUCCACAAUACCUGCACAUUUAGGGUAUUUGUAUGGGUAAUUGCAGCCCCCCCGAAUUGCAAACUCUUCUGUAUCAAACCUGCCCAGAAUGGAUGGAGAAACCCAGCCAGAUGUGCAGGGUAUAAAUAAUAGUUUAUUAUUAUAAAUUAUUAUCAUAGAACCCCAGAGAGAAGAAGAUUAGUUCAUAUGAAAUUUAUCUUUACAGGGCAUGUGAAUAAUUCUGCUUAAGAUAAAUGUUCUAUUUAAAACAUCAACUAGUACAUUCUCAGUUGCUCUUUAUAGGGAACUGUAAAAGUUCUGACUGCUAUUCUGUGCUUUGUUUGGAGGGGUUGAUGGAGACUUGGAUUUUGCACAAGAGUUAUGCUUCAACCAUUCUUAAUCCAGUUUAAAACAAAGCAUAAAUUGUUUCUGACUAAACAAUUAUCCUUUUCAAGUUGUCUGAAAUCUAUGUGAGGAGCAUACAUUUGAAUACUCUGGGGUUUGCUCACAUGAUUUGGGAUGGGAGGGUGAGGAAGGAACUAAACAUAAGAUUGUUUGUUCGCCUUAGAAGUCUCUAAAAGAGAGGUGGAGUACUUAACAGUGUGUUGUAGUUGAUGCAAAAAACCAUUUGAGUUUAUAUUUUUCUUUCUUUCUCUUCCCUUGUCCCUUAGUGCCCAACAAGAUGCUGUGUUUGAAUUAAUUUCCAUGGGAUUUAAUGUGGCUUUGUGGUACACAAAAUAUGCAUCGAGGUUGGCAGGGAAAGAAGAGUAAGUAUUCUCACUUUAGUAAUAGGCUUCUAAACUAUCUACCUCUUUUCCUGUGCAGAAUUAGUUGUGCUUAAGCCCAUUGAAACAUCAAUUAAGCCAACAGACGAAAUUGUGAAGUAGCAUAUAUAGUGGUUAUAUAAAGCACAUAUAUGGCUUUGGACCAGCAUAUCUGAAGGACUGCCUGUUGUUAUCUGAGCCUGCCCUUCUCUGAUAUUCUCAUCAGAGCCCCUGCUCCAGGUUCCCCUUCCUUCAGAGUUUUUGGUACUUGGUGACCUGAUAUAGGCCCUUCUCUGUUCUUUUCCUCCAAUAGACAAUGAAAGAGUGCUGUUGUGCCCGUGUCCUGUUUGUAGGUUUUCCCUAAACAUCUGGCCGGUCACUAUGGAAACAGGAUGCUGGACUAGAUGGGGCUUUCAUCCCAUCCAGCAGGGCUCUUACGUUCUUCAAUGAUGGCACUAUGGUUAUGGAAUGCUCUGUUGACACUUGCCUUCCUAGCCAUAAGGUAGCAAGUGAAGACAGUCUUGUUUUUCAUGGGAUAUAUAUGUUGCAUCUUUUGUUCUUACGCUUUCCAUUUGAGGAUUAUGUUUUAGGUAUGGAAACAUAGGCCAGGGUCCAAAGCAGGCAUCCCCAAACUCGGCCCUCCAGCUGUUUUGGGACUACAACUCCCAUCAUUCCUGACUACUGGUCCUGUUAGCUAGGGAUGAUGGGAGUUGUAGUCCCAACACAGCUGGAGGGCCAAGUUUGGGGGUGCCUGGUCCAAAGGGUAUUUGUGGUGAAACAGAUACAUACUGGAGCUGCAGUUGUUGGGCUGUGUUGACGACGUUUAUAAUUGGUGACAGAACACACAUUACAUACAGAUGGUCCCAAGUUCCAUCCCUGACAUACUUAGUGAAAGAAAUCAGUGUGCGAUAAAUGGGAAAGGCAUCUGCUUGAGACCCUGUCUGUCUGUCAGCACAGACAAUGCUGAGCUAGAUGCACAGCACAACUACAGUGGUACCUUGGGAUGCGAACGGGAUCCAUUCUGGAGCCCCGUUUGCAUCCCGAAUGGAAUGCAAGACGCGGCGGCACGUCUGCGUGUGUGCGGGUCGUGUUUUGCCGCUUCUGUGCAUGCAUGUGACGUCAUUUUGAGCGUCUGCGCAAGCGGUGAAACCCGGAGGUAACGCGCUCCCGAAGCACAUUCAACUCGAGGUAUGACUGUACUUUGAUCUGGUAUAAGACAGCUUUUACCUUCUGACUGUCUCGGCUGUAUCAGACAUUUAAAACAAAGGUUAUUUACAGCAACCCCUCCUGAAAUGGGGUGAAAUAAUAGACAUUAGAAAUAAACCUGGCCAAUGAGAAUUCUGGAAAAUUUGAUGAGGUUAAAUGGGAGUAAAUUCGGGUGAUGUUUAAUAUCCUUGGAGAGUUGCAGUACUAAUUUAUUGUUCCUCCUUUAGCAUAACCGAAGAUGAAGCAAAAGAUGUCCACAGGAGUAUGAAAAUAGCAGCUGGGAUUUUCAAACACUUAAAGGUACAAACCCAUUUUAUUUAAAUAACAAAAACAAAACACACACACACAUAUUUCCUCUUCUGAAGAUCCUGUUUUCCUGUUUGUUUUUGGUCAGUAUAGCUCUUGUUUGGGGGGAUGUUCUGAUUCCCCUCCUUUUAUACAGUAACUUAAUUUAGAGAACGAAGAACAACUUCAGAUGUUUAUGAAAAGUCUGUGGAAUACCCACCAUGGGAUAGUUGCACAUCAGGAUUUAUAUGGGGGAAUUGCUUGAAGGCAUUCCAAUAUCACCAUAUUUGUAUGCAUGGAAAACUAGCUAAACAAUGGGUUGGGGGGGGAUAUGGUUAUUAGGGUUUUGACCUUAUUACAGUAAAACAGAACAGUCUCUUAUUCCCUCCCACAACCACCGCUGCCCAAUUUUCCCCAGCCUGCCCUCAUUUCAUUGUUCAGGCUCACAUGCUCAGAAAAAGGUUAGGAUAAAUGAGUGCCACUGCUCUGAUUGAAUCCCAAAUUAAAAACUGUUAAACUGGAGAGGGUUUCAUCCCUGCAUUGUGCUUCCCACUUCUUCUAGUUGUGUAGAUAUUACUCUUGAGUAACGCCCUUUCAAAAAUGCACUCCAAAUCUCUUGGAAGCUUGUCUUUUUUUUCUUUUUCUUUUUGUAGUUUAUAGGGCAAAUCUUCCUAAUGCAAGGAGAUUUUGAUGUGAGAGUGCAUUCAAGCAAGGAAUCAAGCGCAAGGGAGACUAUACCACAUGCUGUUUCUUAAUUUUGAAAUGACUUAUUGACUAGUGGGGCCUGGUCUAAUAGCAACUGUCUUUUGUUGAUCCGCAUUCCUCUGGAAUUCCAUGGUAGCCAUAAAUGCUCCAUACACUUCACAAAGUCGGAGAAUUCAUUCCUUUGCUUGGAAGUAGAAUGACACAAUACUUUUACUUAUUUGCAAGACUAUUUAUAAACCCACCUUACAUGUGAAAAAUAUGGCAGUGUGCAAUGAAGUCAUUAAAACAUCAUAAUAUUAUAAACGUAUUAAGUACAGAACGGUUGACCCACCACUGGAUCAAAUUAAUUCUAUAAAAAGCUGUGUCAAAACAAUAAUGUUUUCAACAACAGGUAAUGAAAUAUAAAAACUGUAGGGGCCUGUUUGAUUUCAAUAGAAGCGUGUUCUAAAAUAAUGGUGCCACGAUGCUAAAAGUCUCGUUUGCUUAGAAACCGGGUUUAAUAAGUAAAAAUACUAAUAUGUAGCAAUCAUGAGCCUGCUCCUUCAGGAAUCUUUUCAGGAUUCAGCUUCUAUUUAUUUGCCCGCAUCCAUCCCAUCACUGACUCCAGACACUGAUUCAGGACUUGCACAGCCUCCUCUGAUUUAGAUGUUACAGAGAAGUAGAGCUGAGUGUCAUCAGGUCCCUGGUGACGUCUUGCUCUAAGUCUUCUAUUGACUACUCUCAGUAGUUUGUUAAAAGCAUUGGGGGGAAAGAUGGUACCUUGAGGAACCCCAUAGCAGAGGUGCCAGGGGGCAGCCAAAUAGUAUCUGAAAGCCACGAGUGCCCAUCCCAGAGCCAGUCCAGGGUUAUACCUGUGAUCUCAUUACUCCUUGGUCAUUUCCUUCAGAUGUUACCUGUGUUUGGUUAUAGCGCUUCAAACAUAUCUUAAAUUACAUUUUCCCCCCUUUAGGAAAGCCACAUCCCUAAGCUGAUCACUCCUGUAGAAAAGGGAAGAGAUUUAGAAGCUCGACUGAUAGAUUCCUAUGUUAUCCAGUGCCAAGCUGAAGCACAAGAAGGUACUCCUUAAAUUUUUAAGGGCUCUCUCUGGAUUUCUUUAUAUUUUCUCUCCUGGGGAACUCUAGGGUGGAAUGUGGUUUGGCAUUUUACCUCAUACUUGUGGGCUGCCUGUAAGCAUUUAGUUGGCUGCUGUGAGGACAGGAUGCUAGACUAGAUGGGCCUUUGGCCUGAUGCAGUGGUGCUGCUUUUAUAUAGUAAUAAUGCAAAAUCCAGAUAUUUUAGGGGCAUAGGAAGAUGCCCCUGGCCAGUAUUUGUUCACCUAGCUGAAUGUAGUCUGCUCUGACUGGUAGCAGCUCCCAGUGAUUUAGAGAUGUUUCUCAUCACCUGCUACCUCAUCCCAAUAAUUGAAUGUUUUUCAUCACCUGCUACCUCAUCCCAAUAAUUGGACAAUCAAACCUGUAACCUCCAUGGAGGACUAAUGUCCUUCCUCAUAAUGGAUUUGAAAACAUUGGUUAUGAAACUCAGUAGAUUAUUUAUUUAACUGAUUUUGUCCCUUUGUAUCAAGUCAAUUAAGGAAUAUUUCUAUUUCUGAUCCUUGGAAAUGGAAAUACUCAAUUGCUGGAAUACUUAAAAAACAGGAUCCAGAGAGGAUCUGGUUAGCUUAAUGUCUGUUCUGGAAAAACUGCUGGAAAUAUAGGAUUACCAAGCAUAUAGAAGAACAAGUCUUGCUGAAGUAGUCAGCGUGGCUUCUGUGAGGGUAAAUUCUGUCCUUUGGAGUCUUUUGAGAGUGUCAAGAAGAAUAUAGAUAGAGGUGAGCCAGUCAUGUACUUAAGACCUUCAAGAGCCUUUGAUAAAGUACCUCGCCAAAUGCUCCUGAGUAAGCUGAGCAGUAAUAGGAUAAGAGGAGAGGUUGACAGGGUUACUGCUGACCUCCUCAUGUUCUGACAUUGCUCUUGACAUGGUAAUUUCAAUUUUCUAUUCUGGCUUGAACACCUGUGUCCCCAUCCUUUUCAUCCUGACAUACAUGCACAACUAUACUAGAACAUUAUUGUGAUCUUUGGUAUAAUGCCCGUGUUAUUAGCUUUGGGGCAUCUGUCCAGUUCUAUUACUCAUGAUAUCACUUUUGCUAAUUUAAUUAGCUACAUUCAGCCAUGAGCAAUGUUUGUACCUUUUUUCAUUGUGAAAUCUGACCUUUCCUGUUUCUACCAGCAGCUAUGAAUAAUUCAGUUUAACUUUAAGAUAGCAGAGCCUGGUAUUUGAGCGAUUUCCUUCAAUAAUUGGGGCACGGGUCUCAGGGUCUCAAAGUAUUUACAAAGUGUAUGGUUAAAUUGUGGGAUUUGCUCCUACAAGAUGUAGUGAUCACUACCAAUUUUGGUGGUUUUUUAAAAAGAGGGUAAGGCUCUGAGUGGCUAGUAGCCGCAACGGCUGUGUUCUAUCUCCUUUGUCAGAGGCAGUGUAUCUCUGUAUACCAUAUGCUGGGAAUUGCAAGUGUGGAGAGUGCUGUUGUUUGUGGGCUUCCCAGAGGCAUCUGGUUGGCCACUGUGAGCACAAGAUGCUGGACUAAAUGUGCCUUUUAGCCUGUUCCUGCAGGGUGCUUCUGUGUUCAUUCAGUGCAGCUCAGUUGUGAGAAACAUUUUAUUUAUUUAUUUCUGAACAGGACUUCUGUGGCCAAUUUUUCACUUAUACUUUUAAUCACCAUCAACUACAGGAAAUAGCUUCAGCAUAUCUAUUUUUUGUUUCAGUGACUAUUGCCCGAGCUAUUGAACUGAAACACAAUCCUGGUCUAAUAGCUGCUCUGGCCUAUGAAACAGCUAAUUUCUAUCAAAGAGCAGGUAUGUCAAAAAGCAUUGCUGUAUGAAUUCUUGAUAGCUUCUUAAGCAAGUCCUAAAGUACAGGCUCCUAAGCGUUGAAAGAAUACCAAGGAAAUAUUAUGGACAGUAAAUGAUUUCCAUGGCUUUCAGAUUUAGCUAAGAAGGGUCUUGGUUUGGGUUAACCAUGAUUCCAGAAAGUAGACUGACUUGAUAAUGUUUACCUUUCCCUCUUUAUAGCUAACUGGGGCAAGAAACAAACUUAGGUUGAGAACUUAAUUGACUUGCUGUAGUUUUCUCCAAAUAAGUGAGGUGUAUCUUGCAACCAUACAUAUUAAAGACAGUUUCCAGAGUAACUAGAGCUUUCAUACCAAAUUAGUGUCUCAGCAGUCACAGUAAGGCUUUGUGAAUAGACUGCUAUUGUAAAUGUAAUGCUGUCUUCUCCUUCCAGAUCAAAUGUUAUCCAGUCUGGACCCAGCAUAUACAACCAAGUGGCGAAAAUACCUUCAGCUGAAGUCAUGUUUCUAUAUGGCCUAUGUGAGUGCUCUGACACUGUUUAUAAACAUUUCAAGAAGAUCUCCAAAGGGCCAUAAAAUACUAGCAUAGAAUGCAAUCAAAGCUUUUUGUUCUAUUUAAAGCAGUACUUUUCAGGAAGAGUAUAUUUUUGAUAGGAUGCUCUUAAAUUUCCUAUAAUAUAUCAGGCCCAGCAUCUUGUCCCCACAGCAGUAAUCCAUUACCAGUACGAUUCUGCUGCAAUGGACAGUGACAAUUGCGUACUGUCUCAAAUAAAGAUGUGCGUUGUGAACGAGAGCAGAAAUGCACUUCGUACAUAUUCUCCUUUUUUGCUCCCCGGUUGGAUUGUUGGUGAUGCUUCCCAGGUCAUGAUUCUGCUGCUCUUCUGCCUCAACCCUUGAAGCAAGUGGCAUUUUAAUGUUGCUCCACAGCAUGUCAUAAUUCAGGGGUCAGCAAACUUUUUCAGCAGGGGGCUGGUCCACUGCCUCUCAGACCUUGUGGGGGGCUGGACUAUAUUUUGAAAAAAAAUAAUGAAUGAAUUCCUAUGCCCCACAAAUAUCCCAGAGAUGCAUUUUAAAUAAAAGGGCACAUUCUGCUCAUGUAAAAACACGCUGAUUCCUGGACCGUCUGCGGUCCAGAUUUAGAAGGCGAUUGGGCUGGAUCCAGCCCCCAGGCCUUAGCUUGCCUAACCAUGUUUAACAAAUGUAUUCUUUCACCAGGCCUACUGCUACCAUGGUCAAACACUCCUGGCCGGUGACAAAUGUGGAGAAGCUAUUAGGUCUUUGCAGGAAUCAGAAAAAUGUAUGUAUGGUGGUUUUAAAAAAAUCUUUUAAACUUGUUCAUAAAUAAUCUGGAGUUAAGGGUGAACAAUAAUGAGGUGGCCAGGCUUUCACAGAUGAUGCCAAAUUAUUCAGAUGGUAAAAACAAAUCUUGGGAAGAGCUCCAAAAAGUUUUCUCCAAGCUGGGUGAAUGGACAUUAAAAUGGUAAAAUGCAUUGUUAGCAUUUAGCUCCAUGAAAGUGUCAGCACAGGGUUUGGCGUCUGUGAGAAAUGCAGAUUCCCCGUUGGGGAUCAUUAGGAAAGGGAUAAAAAACAAAGCUGUUAACACAAUAAUGCCUGCAUACAAAUGUUUGGUGUGACUACACUUGGAAUAUUGUUUCCCAUUCUGAUCACUCACCUCUAAAAGACGUGUUAGAGGUGGGAAAGGUCCCAAACAGGGCAACCAAAAAGAGCAGCAGGAGCAAUGAUUACAAUGUUUGGCGCUGCUGCUGUGUCUUAACAUGAGGGGACAUAAUAGAGGUUAUAAAGUUAUGCAUGGUGAGGAGAAAGCAGAUAGAGAGAUGAUGUUCUCCUUCUGUUGUAAUACUAAAGCUGGGAGCCAUUCAAUGAUGCUGAAUAUUGAAGAUUUCAGGACUGACUAAAGAAAUUACUAUUUUAUACAGCACACAGUUAAACUAUGGAAUUUGUUUCUACAACAUGUGAUGGUCACCACUUCUGAUGACUUUAAAAUAAGUUAAGACAAAUUGGAAAUGGAGGAAAUGGCUACUGGUGACAAUAGUGGGAGAGAGCUAUUGUCCUCCUGGCAUCUGGUUGGCCACUGAGAAAUGGAAUGUUAGACAAGGUGUAGCCUUGGGUCAGAUCAAGCAGGUCUGCUCUUACAUUCUUUUGUACCUUGUUCCUCCCUUCUGGAAAAUAUGGGAUUUUACCUUCUAUUUACCAGACAUCAAAACAUCCAAAGUCUUGCUCAUAAAUGCAGAGAAUCAGAGUGUCACCUAAAUCUCCCUCAGAACAUUCUUAAUAGGUCUGGGACUUGCUAUGGUAAAUAUUCCUGUGCCAAAGUGAUAGGUGCAGAGAAAUCAUUAGUCUAGGAAAGACUGCACUGUACCUGAGCAUAAUUGUAACAUAAGUGUUUGCUGAAAGUAUUUUCCACAAAGAUAUGAUAGUCAGAUUUGGUAUCUGCUAAUCGUCUAUAUGAGAUUCUGCUUUAAAAAAGCUUAGAACGAUUUACAUAGGGGGAAAUGCAAUGGUUGUUGUAGUCUGGUUUUUGCCAAUGUAGAACAAUCAGCAAAAGUAAAAAAAGCAACCGUCUCACUUUGUGACUGUUCAGCUUGUUGUCAUUUUCCAAGUACAUGUCAUCGUUCUAUAAAGUGUAAAUCAUGUCCAUGAUUGUGUUCUCAGUAUUUCAAAUCUCCUUUCAGGUGAAAACAGUAGAUUGUCCAGCUUUUACAAAGAGGAAUAAUUAAAGAGCAUGCUCUCACUUGUUGUUUUCUUGUUCAGUUUUUGCCAAGGCUGAAGCUUUGUGCAAAGAAUAUGGUGAAACCAAAGGUCCUGGAACUACAGCUAAGCCUUCCGGCCACCUCUUCUUUCGGAAACUGGGAACUCUGGUGAAAAAUACCUUAGAAAAAUGCCAGCGAGAGAAUGGAUUCAUGUAAGUUUGUUACGUCUCUUCUGUGCUUUCAACAAAUACUUGCAUGGUUUUUAAGUGAUCUUGCUUGUUGUUUUUUGAAAUACAGUAACAGCCAAAUAAGCCAAAAACAUAUUAACUAAGAAGUCGAUCUUGCUGAGUUCUGUGGGAAAUAAUUAGUACUAAUGGGUGCACAUGAACGUGUGAAGAUUGGCAGCCAUUUUGUAUGGCUGAGAGUAAUGACGUUAAAGGCCACUAGCAGAUGAUAUUCUUUCAUACUUCAUUCUCUAGUUAAAGAAGGAAUUGGCAGGGCAUGACUUUUAUCCAUUUCCCAAUUAUAACAAAACUUCAGCAAUAAAAUAAGCAGCCUGAAGUGCUUGGGAAAUCUUCAUUCCAGGAUUCUUUUUGGGUUGUGCUCCUGUGUUGAAGACCUUAAAUACGGGACAGCCAGUGAAGAACUGGAUGUGGCCAGUGGGUGAGAUCAUUAUCUCCCCUGCUCCUCACAGGCCAUAUUUGGCAAGUAGGCAGAGCAGCCCACCUGGUGUCACAGUGGUUCCAAUUGACCUUUUCGACCCACAGGAGUGUUCAGAAGCCCCUUUUCAAAGUACAGUGGUACCUCAGGUUACAAACGCUUGGGGUUACAAACUCAGCUAACCUGGAAGUAGUACCUCGGGUUGAGAAAUUUGCCCCAGGAUGAGAAUGGAAAUUGCGCGCCGGUGGCAGCGGGAGGCCCCAUUACAGAAAGCGCGCCUCAGGUUAAGAACUGUUUCGGGUUAAGAACGGACCUCCGGAACGAAUUAAGUUUGUAAUCCGAGGUACCACUGUACUGCCUUGCCCAGUGCUUUGAAAGGGACUUGUGAAGAUCUGGCAUCCAGCUGAUGAUUGGAUCUUCAAGAGCCCCUUUCAGAGUGCUGCCUCACUCGGUGCUUAACAUAGUGCUUUACAGCAUAGCUGAUUGGCAGGGCCUGCAAACCUUUCAGCUGAGCCAGAUUUAUACUUGCCCCACACCUGACAUUUAUGGUGUCAGGUGUAGGUCAGUAGGCAUAGCUUGGCAGAAAUGGCUUGGUGGGCCAAAGGAUGCUGCACAGGCCUAAUUAUUCCUUUGGGCCGAGGUUCCCCACCCCGAUAUAGGAAUGAAUGUGCAGACUGUGAGGUGUGUUUGUUUAAAUUGUGGCCACUGCCUUGUGGCACGAAUCCCGAGUCAAGAACGAGGAGGUUGCUAAGAUUCAACCUGGUGGUGUGUUUUUUUCAGUUACUUCCAGAAGAUUCCCCCAGAGGCUCCCCAGCUGGAGCUGAAGGCAAACUAUGGUCUGGUUGAGCCGAUUGCUUUUGAGUUCCCUGCUUUGCAUGCACACUGGACUUCAGAAGCCCUUUCUGCGUUUGAUCUCACCAAAAGGCCAAAGGAGGACAGUGUAAGCAAUUCAUGCUGCUUUUUCCAACUUGAGUUACCUUUUGCAUCAGCAUCACUUUGCAUUCUUGCUUUGUAGAGGAAGAAUGGUGUUGAUAGAUAUUAGUGCUGUGAAAGCAUUGGAUUUCGGUGUCUUGGAUAUCUUUGCCUUGUUCCAACGGCUCCCUGCACAAAAUGUUACUCCCUUGAAAAGCUUUCAAAAUAUGCCUUGGUUGAGACCACUAUUGAAUAAUAUGCAGCUGCAGUUUUAUAGUACCUGAAGAACUGGCCUAAAUUUAGAGUGCCUUCUGCAUUCUUGUGUACCAGAUUCAAAAAACAAAAACCUGAGUAAUCUAGCCCUGUUUUGGCAUUUGUGUUGCUCUUGUGAAAAGAGCAGGGGAAAGGUUGGGGCUCUAUCAAGUCCUGUUUUCUGUUUACUGCCCUCCACAAGUUGGAGAAUGAAGAUCCACAAGAAGUGGAGGCUCCCCACUUCAAAACCUUUACCCUCAAACUUAUAGACUGAAGCUGACUCACUGGAAGCAACAGGCAUUAAUAGCAAUGCCUCCCCCGCAAGGUCUCCAUCUUGUGGCUGUUUUCAUGUGGUGAAUAUAAAUGCACAAAUGGGGCUUAUUUGUCUCUUGAUUCUGAAAGCCACAUUGCUUAAAUCUGUAUUUAAAAGAAAAACAAAAAAAAUUGCUCUCCAGUAACACCAUUUUCUCCUUUUUAUUUGUAGGCUAAACCAAAACCAGAGGAGGAAGUGAAACCUGUGAAAGAACCAGAUAUAAAACCUCAAAAAGACACUGGGUGCCAGAUCUCUUAAAUGCUUUGAAAUAGCCCUUGUGAGCUGCAUUUUGUGAACUCUGGGUUUUUUUAUCAUCUACCUUGUUUUCUGGACUUUCUCAUCCUACAAAGGAAUUCACUGCUUUUCGAGUUUUUAUAGAUACUUUUCUUUUAAGCUCCCUUUCGGAAGAAUUAAGCGAUUAAAAUUGGAAUUGUCAUAAAUGUACCCUUCUCAGCAUAGAAAGUGAGUGUUUAGAUGAAUUUGCACUGGAAUAUGGAAUAAAUGAUAGUGAAUACAAGAGAUGAAACAGAAGCAGGUGAGUCUUGGGAGAGGCAGUAUUUUGCGACGGAGGAAGACUGAACAGGAGGAAAUUUUGUAGAAGCUUUAAGGUGGCAUGUAAAAGAGCUGACUGAAAAUACGAAAGUCAAGGAACAUUUUUAAAAGGUAGGACAAAUUCAUAGCACUGAUUUUUAAGAGCAAGGAUGUUAAGUUGAGGCAAUGGAGACUUCUAGGGGAAUCAAAGUAAUAAUCUAUUUAAAGAAAUGGUAUGAAAAUAUAGUGCCUCGCCUUGCUAAGGGAAUAGAACAUUUUAGCUCGUGUAAUUUUCACCCUGGCAGGAAUACAACUGAUGCCAUGUUGGCACUUCAAAUACAGCAAGUGAAAUACAUGUAAAAUAUGCUUUUGGAAGGUAUUUGACCUUGAAGUCCUUUGACAGAAACAAAACGUCUUAUUUUGGUCAUGCUUGGGGAAGAGAGAUUAUAGGAACAUACCGUAUUUUUUGCACCAUAACACUCACUUUUUCCCUCCUAGAAAGUAAGGGGAAAUGUCUGUGCAUGUUAUGGAGCGAAUGCCUACGGGUGGCAGGGGGGAUCUGCUGCAGUUUUGAGCAGAGGAUCCAUGGUUCCCUUCCUUCCCUCCUCCAUGGCUCGCUUUGAAACAGCAAAGCGGGAGAAGAGCCGCUGAGUGGGGAGGAGAGAGGGACAGAGAGCCUGCUUGCUUUAAAGGAGCAAAGCAGGAGAGGAGAGGAGUCCGGUUGGCUCCUUUAAAGCAAGCAGGCUCUCCGUCCCUCUCUCCUCCCCACUCAGCUCGCUAAAUAGCAUUAUUAGCAGCAUCCUUCUCCACACACUCCAUGCGUGCUCCUUGUCCCUUGAGUGCUUUUCCUUCCCUCCCCACUUAAAACGUAGUUACAAAGCACGGAUCCACAUGGAUCCUCAGGAUUUUUGCACUGGGUCACCCCAAAUUCACCAUCAGAUCACAUAGCAUGUCCAUGGCUACAUCUUGCACCAAAAAAAUCACGCACCCACUGUUGCCUGGGGUCGCAGUGGUGCAAAAACGUGGUUACAAAGCAUGGAUCCACAUGGAUCCUCAGGAUUUUUGCAUUGGGCUACUCCAAACUCACUGUCAGAUCACAUGUCUGUGGCCACAGCAUGAACCACAAAAAUCAUACAUCCACUGUUUCGUUUAGAAUAUUUUUUUUCUUGUUUUCCUCCUCUAAAAACUACGUGUGUGUGAUGGUCUGGUGCGUGUUAUAGAGCGAAAAAUACGGUAUGUUAAGCAAGAUUUAGCCUUUGCACCAAAAGGGCUAAACAGAAGCAAAACUUUUACAGAAGGACUAUGCAACUCUUAAUUGAAUGCAGAGCUGCCAUGGAUAAAUAUCAAGCUGCUCUGUUGUGUUAAAAAAAAAUCUACCCACUCCAGAGUCUAGUAAAUAACACAUUAUGGGGAAGGCCUGAAGAUAAUGGCAGAUCUGUGUAGUAAAUAUGAAGAGGAUUCAUGUUAAGUAUUCGAUAUUUGUGCCAACUGCUGUUAUCAGAAAUGGGGUAAAAUCAAUUUAAAAGGUUAUUGUAAGUGUAGAGAAAGGAUGAAGGAGAAACAAAAUUGUGGAGUUAUGGGAGUUGCAACCAGAUAAGACUAAUAGAAUGGAAAAGCAGAAUCAAAACGUGUCAUGGUGGAUAGGGAUGGUGUUUGUGGAAUAGAGUGGCUGUACUGAUUCCGUUCAGAGACCUGGACUGCGUCUAGACACAUCAAAAAAGUGUUUCAGUUAAAUGAGUUGUAAAUUUAAACAGGGAAAACAGGUAGAGAAAAACGAGACUCCACAUCGCCAUCUGGUGGCACAAUGUUAUAUCGCAUAUACAACGCAUAUAAAUCGCCUUUUCGUUACCAAUCUGACUGAGGCCCUGGUUGUGGAUAACCAGCAGAUUUCAAAGAUCUAGAAUUGUGACCUGGAAAACAAAGAAAUGUUGACUCUUGAGAGCCAAGGCAAAAGAAUGUUGCUGUAUGUGAGCUACUUGGAUUACGCUAUGGGAAACUAGUAGAAUUUGGUUUGCAGAACAUUGCUUUGAAAGAAAAACGUCCUGUAAAAACAACUACCGUUAACACACGAUUGGGAAAAUUGCUGAUGCUGCCUGCAAUUGAAUUUGUAUAUAUUUGUAUAAACAGAGUCCUCAGUAGAUUACUCUGGCUCGCUACCUGUAUUUGGAGAAAGUAAGGUAAUUUAAUGCAGUGUGGUAUCAGCUUGGCUGGACUCACCAAAGCCUAAAAACACCUUUAAGAUGUGACAUGCUACUGUGCUCACGCCCUCCUUGUGGGCUUCCCAUAUUCACCUGGUAAGGAUGGAACGCUAGACUGAAUGGACUUUUUUCUGGAUCCAGCAGGGCUCCUUUUAUUAUUUGUGCCAGCUGUGCCAGUACAGGUCCGGACCCUUCUCUUCCAUCAAAAUUUAAAAUCAUCCAGUGGUUUAGGAUGUCUUCCUCCUGCCUUACAUCACACUGGAUGAAAGAAUAGUGUUCUGAUGUAUGGAAACAUAUAUGAAUAUGCUCCAUGCACUGAGAAGUUCAUGGCAUAUGUAAAAGACUGGGAGGAUGUCCAGCCAGGGAUUAGUAGGGAUCAGAUAAGCCUGAACGGCUUAACAAAUCUUUGGAAUGUAUUGUGCUACGGAACUGUAGAUUAUGUUCUUAUUAGGGGUUCUGGUCAGUAACCUUAAAUUAACCAGUUUGUAAAAUGUAGUUAAUGAACACUUAGGAGUUGGCAAACAACCUGCCCCCAAGGCUUAGAAAAUAAGUUUCAUAGCUCAGUCCUGGUUGUAUGUAUUCAGAGAUAAACAGUCAGUUAUUUCAGUGGAGCUUAACUCACAUAUAAGUGCUGCCUUUGCGUGCUUUCACUUACCAUCCAUAUUUCUCAUGCUCUUAUUUAUUCCAUAACCUUUUCCUUGCAUCAGGUGGGUCCCCCCCCCAACCACAUGCCUGCAGGUUCAGCCACCUGUAGUUCUCAACCAGCAGUGUAAGAAGUUUUGGCUGCAUGUUCUUACUCUUGUUCAUCCCCUUAUCUUUGGUUGCUCUGAAGCUGCCACUAAUUACAGCACAAAGCGCUUUGUGUGCUCAGGGUUGUGAUUCCCAGCCCAGUACUCCAGCUUGUAGUGGAUGCCCUUGUAUGUUACAUACAUUAGUAUGUACACCACUUUUUCAUCUCUUGAGUUUUUCUUCCAACUCUGCUUCUUUCCUGCUGCCCUCGCUCCCUUUCUGACCGCACAUUCCCGACUGGUAAGAUCUUCCUGAAGCUAUUGGAGGAAUAGGUGUGACAUGACGGGUUAAAAGUCUUCAGUACACAAGCCAGUUUUAAAUUAAAUAGAAAUGUGUGAUUCCAGUGGGCUUAUCGGCACUGUCCUCUCUUUUGCUCUUUCCAGGCACAGCCCACACUUUAAGACUCUGUGUCUGAGCAUCCUUUUUUGUGCCUCCAGGGUUUUCCCUGUGAAAAUCUGUUCUUUAAAGCUCAGUCGGAGCAAGCAGCAAUCCACAGAAAAUCUGAACUGAUGAUUUGGUGGGGCAAAAAGCUCCCAACAACCAAUGCUUAGACAUGGGGCUUUUAAGUGUAUUCCUGUGCCUGGAAAGAGCAGGACAGAAGGUAAGGUUGGCUAAACCCUCUGGCUUGUUGGUGCGUUUCUGAUGUUGAAAAGGCACUGCUUCAAAUCUGUGGAAAUGUUAGCUGGCGCUGCAAGAUGCUUUGAAGAAUAUACUGAUUUUUGUACCGGUCACUAAUGAGGCAGCAUGUUAGUGAGCGUAUUUGCAGAUUUGGGAUUCCAAAAUUAUCCUUGGCAGUAAAAAAACAUUCCGUUUAUUUUUAGAACAGCUGUGUUUAUGUAUUUAAGGUUUCCUAGUGUACAUGUUUGCACACUCGCAUACAAAAACACAUGCUGAAAGUUCCUGAUUGCUUUUUUGUAGUUGGGGAAACUUUACUCUUUACGUCUUGCCAUUACUGGAAUGCUGGUUGAGAUCUGUAUCAAGAGGGAAUUAACAGAUCUUCCUGGCCUCUUUCCCAAGCUUGGGUGGCCUUUGACUGCAUAUCAAGAAUGUGGUAUGAAUGGAAAUGAAUCAACAUGCUCUUGGAUUUCUGUUUGCCUUUUACCAUUAUUUUGACUCGGAUGUCAUGUAGUAUAUAUAAUUAUGUAUAUAAUUAAUGAAAACAGGGCAUGAUCUUUUUACACUCCAGUGUAUAUAGAUUUCUCUUUUGUAAUUGUGACAUUUUUCUCUUGAAGGAUAAGCUAUUCAGUAUCUGUAUGCAUUCCCUACAUUUAAUACUUCUGAUUUGCCUCUUCGGUUUGCUCCCCUGCUUGCCAUAACAUUCUUAAGAGAAGCUGGUUGGGACUUUAUGGACGAAUGAAUUGCUUAACAUGCAAGCUGAACAUUUUCAUAUUAUUUUCUGAAUGUUGGGCUGCUUUUCCUUAUGCACUCAUAAUUAAAAUGUAUCUGAUGGAAAAUGUAGCAAUUGAUUUUAAAACACUGCUAUGUAAAAGCACCAUGGAGCUGUAGGAAUAAUAAAAUGCCUAGCAUGUUCACAGC